AUGACGAGCUGGGAAGAAGCUACUGCAGUGGAGAAACUCUCCUCUAACACGUACUCGUGCAACCUACAAGAUGAUUGGUGCAUAGGAAGCGUUCCUAACGGUGGUUACGUUACCGGAUGCAUACUGGAAGUAGUCAAAACACAUUUCAUUACAACUUUGGCAAAACAAAACCAACCACACACAAUAACCCUCCAUGUUGAGUUUCUGCGACGGACGCAAGCCGGACCUGCCACAUACAAAGUCGAAGAUGUGAAGCUCGGCCGACAAACGUCUGUCGUGCAUGUAACCAUGGAGCAAGACGGACGGACCGAAGUCGUCGCGUACGUCACAAACUCUAACAUGGAUACCGAAGCGGGCUUUACGCACGACACCGGAUAUCGGCCCUCACCACCCAUUCCAUCGGUAGACUUUUCGAAGCUAGAGAAUGGCGAAGACCCGAACUGGAGGUAUCAAGCCGAAAUGCCACACGCCGAGUUCAGAAAGGCUACGAAGAGAGUUCAGUUCUACUUCCCUCGAGAAGACAAAAGCCCAGCGUAUCUUGCCGAUGAGGUAGUUUGCUUCUCCGAUGGGAAAACCUUUACAAAUUCAUCUGUUGCGUUUGUUGCAGACAUGUUCCCGUUGAUGGUCGAGUCGUUCAAAGAAAAGGGCGAGGGGCCCUUCUGGUACCCGACGCUACUGCUGAACCUGGAUGUUAAGAAGUCGCUGCCACCAGAAGGAGUCAAGUGGCUGCAAGUCAGGGUUGAGAUGAAGAAGAUGCAGAAAGGCAGGAUGGACCUAGAAGUGUUUGUGCAUGAUCCUGCGGGCGAUCUGGUGGCCUUGAGCCAUCACGUGGGAUUCGUGGUAGAUGCGAGUAGGAACACAGCAGCAAGGAAGACGGGAAACCCUAAGAUAUAG